GAAUGGAGCAAAGGCUUUUGGAGAGGGAGGAUGAGAGAUCGGUGAGGGGAUGCUGCGGUGAUGUUACAGCUGAGGCGCGGAGGUUGGGUUACCUCGCUGGGCCGAUGGUAGGGGUGAGCCUAUCGCAGUACAUGAUUCAGGUCACCUCCUCGAUGAUCGUCGGCCAUCUCGGCGACCUCGCGCUCUCUAGCUCCGCCAUUGCCACCUCUCUCUCCGGCGUCACCGGCUUCAGUCUCCUUGUAGGAAUGGCUAGUGGCUUGGAUACUCUUUGUGGCCAAGCUUAUGGUGCACGACAAUACAAGAAACUAGGAAUCCACACAUACAGAGCCAUCUUCUCCCUCAUACUCGUCUGCAUCCCUAUUUCUCUUAUCUGGGCCUCCAUGGGAAAGCUUCUCUCUCUCCUAGGUCAAGACCCCUCAAUCUCGCAAGAGGCUGGUAAAUAUGCAAUGUGGAUGAUCCCUGGCCUCUUCGCCUACGGUACCGCUCAGCCUCUUAUGAGGUUUCUUCAAUCUCAAAACCUAAUUCUUCCGAUGCUUUUGAGCUCAGUUACAACCCUUAGCAUCCACAUUCCUUUGUGUUGGAUCCUGGUAUUCAAAACUGGAUUGGGCAAUGUCGGGGCGGCCCUUUCUAUAAGCAUUUCUCAUUGGAUAAAUGUGUUGAUUCUUGUGUUAUACAUUAAGUACUCAGAUUCUUGCAAAGCAACUCGUUUGCCACCGUCAAUGGAGGCUUUCAGAGGUGUCAAUGAGUUCCUAAGACUGGCAAUUCCCUCUGCAGUCAUGAUAUGCCUUGAAUGGUGGUCAUUCGAGCUACUUGUCUUGCUCUCAGGUCUCCUACCAAAUCCAAGACUUGAAACAUCAGUCCUUUCUAUUAGUCUUACAACUAUUGCACUCAUCAACACUAUAUCUUAUGGCAUUGGUUGUGCAGCAAGUACUCGUGUAUCAAAUGAACUAGGAGCUGGGAAUCCUGAUGGAGCUCAUUUGGCUGUUCGUGUGGUGAUAUCGAUUGCAAUUAUGGAGGCACUGGUGGUGAGUGUAACAAUAUUUGGCCUUCGUCGAGUCAUUGGCUAUGCGUACAGUAAUGAAGAUGAGGUUAUCGAUUAUGUCAGGGAGAUGGUUCCUCUUGUAUCCAUCUCAGUUAUCAUGGAUAGCUGCCAAUCAGUGAUGUCCGGAAUCGCUCGCGGAUGUGGAAGGCAGAAGAUAGGAGCCUGUGUUAACCUUGGAGCAUUCUAUCUCGCCGGAAUUCCAAUCGCUGUUGUGUUGGGUUUUCUCCUCCGCAUUGGAGGCAAAGGUCUAUGGAUUGGUAUAUUAUCAGGUGCUACGAUUCAAACCAUUCUUCUUGGAGUAAUAACAACUUUUACCAAUUGGCAACAACAAGCAGUAUUGGCAAGGAAGAGAGUAUUUGAAGAGAGGUUGCCAUUGGAAAGCGCUCUCAAAUGAGCUUAGAUUUCAAUUUAUUUUGCUGAAUAAUUGUCCAUUUCUGUCUGAGACCACUUCAAAACUAAGAAAGUGAAUGAGCAAAUUCACCUGCACUUACGAUAA